CUAUGAGCCUCUCGCCUCUCUGUACUGGAUACCACGACGGGCUCCUCUCUGUCCAUGAGGUGCCACUUUCCCCAGGAUUCACUCGUCAUCUUCCUUACUUUUUGGAUUUUUUAGGAGGGAGAUUGAACAUAUCACCCAGGAUCGAGGAUUUAUGUUUUUUUGUUUUCUCCUUUUUUUUGUGUGUGUGUGUGUGUGCAUGAAGCACAUUCAAUGUGGGAAACACACAUUGGAUUCUUAAUUAGCACUGGGAUUGUACUGUGUUUCUGAUGUCCAGGAUCUGGGAUUUCCUACAGAGACAUGGGCAAACUUUACUCCAAGCACGCUGCUGUUUGCAAACCCAGAGAAAGUCCUGAAGGUGACAGCUUUGCAGUAAAUGCCUGCUUGGCUCGAAAGGGCAUUGAAGAAUGGAUUGCAAAGCAAAAGUCUCCGAAUGCUCCCAAUCAUAAAAGUGGGUGCAGGUUCACACAGAGGGACCCUUCAGGUGAAAUAUGCAAAGAUAAUAUUGGAGAGGAGCAUUAUCGUCUAGAAGUUGCUCUGCCCGAUGAGAAAGGUGAGGGUUUCUUUUCUGCCGAUGAGAAGAAAGCAGACAAAGACUUGGAGGGACGUGUUAAGAAACAGCUGAAAUUUGAAGAAUUGCAGUGUGACGUCUCGGUAGAAGAAGAUAAUAGACAAGAAUGGACAUUCACAUUGUAUGAUUUUGACAACAGUGGAAGAGUUACACGAGAGGAUAUUACGAGUUUGCUGCACACCAUUUAUGAAGUAUUUGAUGCAUCCGUUAAUCAUUCCUCUAGCUCCAGUAAAACCUUACGGGUUAAGUUGUCUGUGGCCCCAGAUGCUACUUUGAAGAAGAGGACAAUGGUACUUAACCAAGCAGACAUGCAAAGUGGAAGACACAGGAGUGAGAGCAAAGUCAACGAAGAUUUACGGAGUUCAGAAAAGAAGCAGAAGGGGAAUGGAAGACAUUACUCAGUAGAGAAUGAAACUGAACAGACAGAAUGUCUCCGACAAUGUGUGGACGAGAACAUUGAGCGAAGAAACCACUAUUUGGAUCUUGCUGGAAUUGAAAACUACACUUCGAGAUUUGGGCCAGGAUCCCCUACAACAGUUGAAAAAGAAGAAACACAGACAAGGGCUUCUAAUCAAAUGAGAUCGCGUUCACAUGAACCAGAGACCAUCCACAUACACCACAGGAGAUCCCAGGCUAUAGAUCCAGGGCAUUUCAAUAUGGCAGAUUUUUCUCACCCCAAGGUGGGGGACAUUCAACAACGACAACGAGGUCAAGAAUCCAACAAGCACUCUGUUAGGUCUCCGAAGAUCUCAACCAAGAAUGCAACAGUCUCCACUAACCAGCCUGGAAGAACAAGAGUCAAACCCAAUCAUGCUGUUUCCAUUCCGGUUACUUCCCCAACUGCACAUAUGGGCCAGAGCUAUCCUUACCACCCUAUGCCACCUCCACAACCUCAUAGGAAGAGCAAACAGAAGACUAAGGAAGGUCAUCAGAUGUGCAAAGCCUUCCAGUCUCCAGUGAACGUGGUAGAGAAAGAACAUGUCAGAGAUCUACCCAGCAUGGUAUUGUAUGAAGGUCACCCAGGACACAUGGUCCAAAGACAUGAACAUCAUCACCAUCAUGAACAUCACCACCACUAUCAUCAUUUUUACCAGACAUAAAUGAGAAACAUCUAUCCCACAUCUUGAUGAACAGUCUGAGUGAUGAAAGUCUAAUGUAAAAAGGAUGUUAUAAUAGCUGUAUUUCAGAAACCUGUUGACAGCUGAUAUAUACGAGUUGGAUCUAAAGAAUGGAACCAAGGGCAUCAUUUUUUGGAUACAGUUAUAAAUUUGUACUCCUAUAAAAGUCACGAGCACUUCUUUUAACCAAGACCUACAGAUGGAGUUUUGCAUCAAGUGUUCUUUAUAUAUUUGACAAACAGAGCUAUUGCACAGAAACCUUUUACCAGGAGAAAACAAUUCCGAACACUUUGGACUCCCGGAAAAAUAUUACUUUUACUAACAAUAACAAAAAUCCCACAAACAGCGCGCUACCUCUAGUAUUAUUAAGACUUUUUCUUUUACUAUUGUGAUGAGCUACGGGGAGGGUUAGUUUUACAAUUUUCAUACAAUACUGUGGUGUACAUUGAUAAUCUAAAGGCUAUAUUAAUGAACACAAGAAAAACUGUGUAAUUGCCAACGUAUUCAAGUUACUAAAGUCAAUAUGUUAAUCUUUCAGUUAAUAUUUAUAUACAAGGCAAUUUAAGCUGUCAGAUCUUUUUUUGUUGUUGUUUGUUUUGUUUAACAUGGAUACUACUUGAGAGGAUACAAAGUGCUUUUGAAGUUGGCACUUAACCCUUUGAAUGCCAGAGGCUCGCUGCUCUGGCAUUUAAAGGGUUAACUCGUUAUCCUUAUGAAAUUUUUUUAGAUCCAUUGUUUAACUGUAUACGAAGACUGGGGUCUGCAGCAUAUUGAGCUAAAACAUGUUGCAAUCCAUUAUGGCAGCCAAACAAAUCCUUCUGAUUAAAACCCACAACCCUUUAAACUUAAUGAAAAA